AUGACAAAGAGCGAUGAGGAGUCGCUCCUGGCGCGACAGGAUGUGGUCUUCGUUGACAAGAGCUCCUCGGGGUGCUGUUCUGGCUUUUCAGGAAUGCGCGGGUGCUGCGGCUGUUGCCUCUGUACUGUCAUGGGUCUCCUGCUUUGGGUCCUCUUCUUCAUGCUGACAACGCAGUGUGCAACACGCUCGUCACCUCCUGAGCAUAUGCUCCCAGCAAAUGCCAUCGCAGCUGGUGUCCUGCCACCUUUCGAGCUAGGGACUCGGGGCAACAUGUUUCUGGAUCCUGCAUUGGAGCUCAAUCUCACAGGGAUUUGGUGGAUGGAUGGCAAUCCUCUAACUGCGGAGCAGCUGGUGACCUUUGCAGGCGCACAGGGCAUGGCGCCCUAUCCGACGACUGUGAAGAACCCCUCCAGCUUGGCAGGCCAUUGGUCCUGGUCUGACAACUUCUUGGGGCGGGGCAUCAUGCUUUUCUAUUCGUUCACAUCCUCUGCAGAGGCAACUCACGAUUUCUUCUUCUUCAACAAGACAUAUGCCGAAAUCCGACCAGUUGCGGGAGCCGUUUUUGGUGAUAAUCCUUUCCCAAUGAGGUUCAUCAAUGAUGACGAGUGGGACCGAGUGGGUAGCUAUAUCCUGCGACGCGUCGUCUACGGAGACGGUACUCCUCACCCGGUGUUUUGGCCAAAGUUUCUCGAUUGGUACCGCACAACUUAUCCCGGCCGGAACAUUGUAACCAGGAGCACCAACAACGAUUGCCUGCGAAAAUGUCAGUAUCUAGCGCCUUGCUCCAUUUGCAGGCCUAUUUGCGGUGCAGCAUGA